UUGAUAGUAAAACCUAUUCGCGUUUUUUUGUGUGUGUCAGCGUGUGUGGGCGAACGAGAUGCCUUGCCACAGUGUGUAGUAGCGUUAGCCCGCGCGUAACAUGAACGCGCAAACUCCCGAUGAAGCUGGUAGAACAUGGCGGACUUCCUGCCGACCCGAUCCGUGCUAAACCAUUGCUUCCCCGCUUGCCUUCUUACCAGCACCGAGGUAGAACAGCUGAGGAAAUCUAAGAAGAUUGAUAAAUCUAUUUCUCGUGAUGAAACCUACAUGAAACGGCUAGUAAAGAUACUUCUGUUGGGUGCUGGCGAGAGCGGAAAGUCCACUUUCCUCAAACAGAUGAGGAUCAUCCACGGGCAGGACUUCGACCAGCAAGCUCGAGAAGAGUUCCGGGCAACAAUUUACAGCAAUGUUAUAAAAGGUGUGCGUGUAUUGGUGGAUGCACGGGAGAAGCUACACAUUCCCUGGGGUUCCCCUGAAAACCAGGUGCACGGAGACAACGUAAUGUCAUUUGACACACGAUCUGCAAUGAUGGUACAAGGCCAGGUGGAGACGGACGUCUUUCUCAAGUACUUGCCCUCCAUCCAGGCCCUGUGGGCUGACAGUGGAAUACAACACGCUUACGACAGACGUCGGGAGUUCCAACUGGGCGAGUCAGUGAAAUAUUUCUUGGACAAUGUGGAGAAGCUAGGGGAUCCGAGCUAUAUCCCAUCCCAGCAGGAUAUUUUGUUAGCCCGUAAGCCUACCAAGGGCAUCCAUGAGUAUGACUUUGAGAUCAAGAGUGUUCCCUUUAAGAUUGUGGAUGUGGGAGGACAGCGCUCGGAGAGACGGCGGUGGUUUGAGUGUUUUGACUCUGUCACUUCCAUACUGUUUCUAGUGUCUUCUUCAGAGUAUGACCAGGUCUUGAUGGAGGACAGACAAACCAACCGUCUAAGAGAGUCGUUGAACAUCUUUGAGACAAUCGUUAACAACAGAGUCUUCCUCGCUGUCUCUAUCAUCCUCUUCCUCAAUAAGACUGACCUGCUGGAGGAGAAGGUCUCAAAUGUUUCACUGAAGCAAUACUUCCCUGAGUACACAGGGCCCGAUCACAGCCUGCCAGAUGUCCAGAAGUUCCUAGUGGACUGUUUUCGGUGGAAGAGAAGAGAUCCGACACAGAAACCUCUCUACCACCACUUCACUACGGCCAUUAACACAGAGAACAUCCGCCUGGUGUUUCGAGACGUCAAGGAUACCAUCCUCCAUGAUAACCUGAAACAGCUGAUGCUCCAGUGAUCUACAACCUCUGGACAUGAGAGGACUUUCCCCACCUAAAAGAGGAUAUGAUUUAGGACCUUUCUUAAAAAUAAAAGAGGAUCUAAAAUAUGCCAGAUUUUAAGAGGACCUGAUUGGGGACACUUGUGCCUUAGGGAGGACUUCAAUAUUCCACUUUUGUUCAUUAGGUGUUUUUUAAAUUUGUUUUGUACUGCCCUGUGGUGAGUGGAUGGUUUAUAGGUCAGUUUGGCCGUCUAGGUGCCAGGGAUAUGAAUGAACGCUGGAGAAUUGGCACUCUUCCUGGGUCAGUUUGAUGCCUACCAUGCUUUCAUAGCCCCUCCCAUCCACUGCUCUGAGCGCUGUUUGACUGACUGACAAACCACAACACCUUUAAACAACCUCUUAAUGGUGUGUGUGUGAGACAGAGAUCAAUCAUAUCUCUGAUAAUAUACAGUACUAUUGAAAAGUUUGGACUCACCCAUUAACUUGAUAUGGAGACGUGCGUCUAGACUUGACUGGUACUGCACAUUUUAGAAUUGUCUGCUUUUCUGUUCCCCCGGUAUGUAACUCUGGUCAUGUAAAUCUGCUGUAAGGACAUACACAUACCACAGGCAGCCAUGCCAGUUAGCUAAUAUUGUAAUCUCAGGGUUGUUUGGAUACCACUGUGUAAAUUAUGUCAUUAUUGUGUUGUAAUAAUCUAAAGUUAUAGUCUGUCCAGACCUCAUAGUGUAAUGUAUUUGCAGCCUUUUGUCUGUAGCUAUAGUUCAAAUGUGGACCUGCUUUUUUAUUUCUUCCAUCUGAUUGAUGCUGUUGAUCCGGUAGACCAGAAAUCUUAAUUGUGUUCCAUUGACAAGCUGAUGUGGGACAAAGAAAGCAUGCUGACAAGCUACAAUCUGAAAAGCAGAGGCUGUAUGUCUUAGAACCUGGGCGGCCUUUAUAUGAGGCGCAACGUUACAAUGCCUUUAGGCAUUAUAUAUAUAUAUAUAUAU